AUGGUGGCCUUCGAUGACUACGACGGCCCGGCCUUCACAAUGUCGAACGGGGAGCCGCUCCGUAGUGGAGAGAAGCUGGUUGUUCCCAUCCUCCGAGUGCGGCAGGAAUUCAUGGUCGGCGCCAACUCAUGUUCAAGAGAGCAGUUCCCGCUGCUGGUCAGCUAUGCGAUCACCGUCCACAAGUCACAGGGCAUCACCCUGGACAAGAUCGUCUGCGAUAUCUCUGCGCCAGAGUUUGCUUCUGGCCUCUCCUACGUGGCCGUCUCGCGGGUGAAGACACUCGGCGGGCUGAUGUUUGAGCGGCCCUUCGACCGCAGCAGGGUCUAUCGCGAGACACCAUCACGAGCUAUGGGGUUGAAGUUGUCCGAUCACGCUACCAGGCAACUGCAGGCGUUAGAUGCUGUGGCGGGGGAGGCUCCCUCAGAGGAGUCUAAUUGA